AGAGAGAGAGGUGAUUCUGUGAAUCUGUCUGGUGUUUUCUCCGCUUUAUUUGUUAUGGAAGUGUUACUCCACCCUGCCUCAGUAGUAGAGCCCUAGAUGAAUGGAUGGAGCAUGUUUUCGAGAAACCCUUUGAACCCAUCGGAGAUGGCCUGAUAUUAUGGCAGUUUGGAAGAAGGACGUCUGCUUUGAAUGACAUUGCAGACAGGCAAUGGCGCUGCGAUGGCUAUGGAUGUUAGUACCAUGGAGAGGAGGUUGGAACCCACGCUUGAAAGCACCUGGACAAGAAGAGGAACGACAUGUUCGAGCCAACGAUCGGGACUACAAUGAGAGGUUCAGUUAUGCUGACAAUCGAAUUAAGACAGCAAAAUAUAACAUCUUCACCUUCCUGCCCAUUAACUUGUUCGAGCAGUUCCAACGCUUUGCGAAUGCCUACUUUCUAGUGCUGCUGAUACUGCAGUUAAUUCCAGAAAUCUCCUCUCUGUCCUGGUUCACCACUAUUGUGCCUUUGGUGUUGGUGCUGUCUAUCACAGCUGUAAAAGACGCUACAGAUGACUAUUUCCGCCAUAAAAGUGAUCAACAAGUCAACACCCGGCAGUCUCAGGUACUCAUCAAAGGAAAGCUACAGAAUGAAAAAUGGAUGAAUGUAAGAGUGGGCGAUAUCAUCAAACUUGAGAACAAUCAGUUUGUUGCUGCUGACAUUCUCCUCCUAUCUAGCAGUGAGCCCUAUGGACUGUGCUAUAUCGAGACAGCAGAGCUUGAUGGGGAGACCAACCUGAAGGUGCGCCAAGCCUUGACUGUAACCUCAGACCUCGGGGAUGAUGUUGCGAAACUGGCAGACUUUAAUGGGGAAGUCAUCUGCGAGCCUCCCAACAAUAAACUGGACAAGUUCAUGGGGACUCUGUACUGGAGAGAUAAUAAGUACUCACUGGACAACGAGAAAAUGCUCCUGAGAGGCUGCAUACUCCGUAACACAGAGUGGUGCUUCGGCUUGGUUAUCUUUGCUGGACUCCAAACCAAGCUGAUGCAGAACUGUGGGACGACCAAAUUCAAAAGGACCAGCAUCGAUAAACUGAUGAACACAUUAGUGCUGUGGAUCUUUGGAUUUCUCAUCUGCAUGGGAAUCAUCUUAGCCAUUGGCAACACCAUAUGGGAGCAGAGAGUUGGCAGCAACUUCUGGGCAUAUCUUCAGUGGAAGGAACUCAUGAGCAAUUCAGUCUUCUCCGGCUUCCUGACCUUCUGGUCCUAUGUUAUCAUCCUCAACACUGUCGUACCCAUCUCACUCUAUGUUAGCGUAGAAGUUUUGCGGCUGGGCCAUAGUUACUUCAUAAACUGGGACAGAAGAAUGUAUUACAGUCGUAAAGACACUCCCGCUGAGACUCGGACAACUACCCUUAAUGAGGAGCUAGGACAGGUGGAGUUUAUCUUCUCGGACAAAACCGGGACCCUCACCCAGAACAUCAUGGUGUUCAAUAAGUGUUCUAUUAAUGGGAAGACCUAUGGUGACGUUUAUGAUGAGUUCGGGCAUAAAGUUGACAUUACAGAGAAAACACCAUGUGUGGAUUUCUCCUUUAACCCAUUGAUGGACAUGAAGUUCCGUUUCCAUGACAGCAGCUUGGUUGAGGCAAUCAAACUGGAAGAGCCUCUGGUGCAGGAAUUCUUCCGUCUGUUAGCGCUCUGCCACACCGUCAUGCCAGAAGAGAGAAAUGAGGGUGAGCUGGUGUAUCAAGCACAAUCUCCAGAUGAAGGAGCCCUGGUUACUGCAGCACGCAACUUUGGCUUUGUAUUUCGGUCCAGAACACCAGAAACCAUUACUCUAUAUGAGAUGAGUCAGCCAAUCACCUACCAGCUAUUGGCCAUCCUGGACUUCAACAAUGUGCGAAAGAGAAUAAGCGUUAUUGUGAGGAACCCAAAGGGGCAGCUAAAGCUUUACUCAAAAGGAGCUGACACAAUAAUCUUCGACAGGCUGGACCCGUCUAAUGAAGAGUUUAUGUUUACUACCUCAGAGCACCUUAAUGAGUUUGCCGGAGAGGGUUUGAGGACGUUAGCGCUGGCAUACAAAGACCUGGAUGAAGAUUUGUUUGAUGAAUGGAUGAAGAAGCUUCUCUUUGCCAGCACGGCGUUGGAUAACAGAGAAGAAAAACUCGGGGCUCUAUAUGAAGAAAUAGAGCAGGGCCUGAUGCUACUUGGUGCUACAGCCAUAGAGGACAAACUGCAGGAGGGAGUUCCAGAGACAAUCGCCUGUUUGACUUUGGCCAACAUCAAGAUCUGGGUGCUCACCGGGGACAAGCUAGAAACGGCAAUGAACAUCGGCUACUCGUGUAACAUGCUGAGAGAUGACAUGAACGAGGUGUUUAUAAUCUCAGGUCACACCAUGCUCGAGGUUCAACAGGAGCUCAGGAAUGCCAAAGAGAGAAUCGUGGGACCCAGUAGAGAGAAACUCAGCAGUGUCACCAACAUGGAAAAAACAGAUUUGUACUCAAGUGACUCUGUCUUUGAAGAGACCAUUAUCACAGAAUAUGCAUUAAUCAUCAAUGGCCACAGUUUGGCUCAUGCCCUAGAGGCUGACCUGGAGCAGAUCCUGGUGGAUGUGGCUUGUCUCUGCAAGACAGUGAUCUGUUGUCGGGUCACUCCAUUGCAGAAAGCACAGGUGGUGGAGCUGAUCAAGAGACACAAGAGAGCCGUCACACUCGCCAUCGGAGAUGGAGCCAAUGACGUCAGUAUGAUCAAGACGGCUCACAUUGGCGUGGGCAUCAGUGGGCAGGAGGGGAUGCAGGCAGUGUUGGCCUCCGAUUACUCCUUCGCCCAGUUCCGCUACCUGCAGCGCCUCCUGCUUGUCCACGGCCGUUGGUCCUACCACCGCAUGUGCAAAUUCCUCUGUUACUUCUUUUACAAGAACUUCGCCUUCACGCUGGUUCAUUUCUGGUAUGGAUUCCUCUGUGGAUUUUCAGCACAGACGGUAUACGACCAAUGGUUCAUCACACUUUUCAACAUAGUCUACACCUCACUUCCGGUGCUAGCCAUGGGCCUGUUUGACCAGGAUGUGAACGAACAGUACAGUUUACACUAUCCAAACCUGUACAGACCGGGACAGCUCAACCAGCUCUUUAACAAGAGGAAGUUCUUCACCUGCACCCUUCAGGGGGUCUUCACUUCUUUCAUCCUCUUCUUCAUCCCAUACGGAGCCUUCAUGACCGCUGUGCGCGAUGACGGCGCACACAUCUCCGAUCAACAAGCUUUUGCCGUCACCAUAGCAACCUCUUUGGUCAUUGUUGUCAGUGUCCAGAUUGGGCUUGACACAAACUACUGGACGGCUGUGAAUCAUUUCUUCAUGUGGGGAAGUCUAGCUGUGUACUUUGCAAUACUUUUUGCAAUGCACAGCGAUGGUAUUUUUACCAUAUUCCCGAACCAGUUUCCUUUCAUAGGUACGGCACGUAACUCUCUAAAUCAGAAGUUUGUGUGGCUGGUUAUCGUCCUCACCACAGUCGUGUGCAUAAUGCCAGUGGUGGCCAUCCGAUUCAUCAAGGCUGACCUAAAACCCACACAGACUGACAAGGUACGUUUACUUCAGCAGGCCACUAGGAGGCAGGGUCCUCAAGAACAGAACCUCAGACGGGUCCGAAGGACGAGUUCUCGGCGCUCGGCGUACGCUUUUGCCCACCAGCAGGGAUAUGGAGAACUCAUCACCUCAGGCAAGAACAUGAAGGUCCCCACAUCCUCUAUUUCCACAUGCCCCGUAUCUUCUCCCGCAAGAGCACCUGCCGAAUCCAGAUGGGUCGAGGGCUUGAUGAGAAACAAAGGCGACCUUGACGCUACCACUCCGGCAGUGGAGAUCACUGGAUUUAGAAGGGAAAGCUACCAAAGUCGAGAGCUAACACUGGAAGACUUGGAAGACACAUAAGGAACCGUUCAGGAUUCAUGGUGGCACGGUUACUCACCUCAGUCCAGGUGGUGGAGGACAAGUCUCAGUUGCCUCCACUUCUGAGACAGUAAAUCUGCGCAUCUUAUCACGUGACUCAUUGUGUAUGACACCACGGAGACUCACAGCAUGUGGAGGCUCAAGCUACUCUCCGCGAUCCACACACAACUUACCACACACCCCACUGAGAGCGAGAACCACUAAUCGCAACCACGAGGAGGUUACCCCAUGUGACUCUACCCUCCCUAGUAACCGGGCCAAUUUGGUUGCUUAGGAGACCUGGCUGGAGUCACUCCAGUGGUGGUAGUCAGCAUCAAUACUCGCUGAGCUACCCAGGCCCCCUAAUGUAUCUUGUUUUUAGGAUGUUAAAAAAUGUUAAUUGGGAAAUAAAUACUGAUUAAGACUAUUACUGUGCAGUGUGGGCAGUUUAAGCAUAAAGAGUUUACGUUCCACAAGUCGGUCAGACUAAUAGGGCAUCAGGGAGCGAAUAUUUACACGUGUAAAAUAAUACCGCUUAUUUUGUUAUAAACAUUGAUACAGCUAUCUGCAGUGGUCCUUGAUGUUGAAUUAUAAAUGCAUUGCACAAAAAAUUUAACACGGAUUUAAUGUGGAUAUCUUAAAGGAAUGCUCUGGGUUCAAUACAAGUUCAGCUCAAUUGACAGCAUUUGUGGCAUAAUGACAUAAAAACUCUAACUCAUCCUUUGCUUACUAACAAAACACAAAAAACAAUAAAACAAAAAAUCAAAGAAAAAAUCACGGUUACAUUAAGACACUUUCAAUGGAAGUCAAUGGGCCAUUUCAUAAACAUUAAAAAACAAGUACAAGUUUCAAAAGUAUAGCCACAAGACAUAAACAUUAUACAUGUUAACAUGAUUUUAGUGUAAUAAAAUCAAGUACAGUGUUUUAAAUAAUGUCAACAAGUAUAAUGUUUACAUCUUGUAGCUUUACUUACGAAACAGUGUGUAUUUUUACGUUUAUGGAUUGGCCCCAUUCACUUCCAUUGUAAGUGUCUCACUGUAACCACCAUAUAUAUAUAUAUAUAAUUCGACCCAUCCCUCGUUUACAUAUUAUGAACGAUGAGUUAAUUUCUAAUAAUUCUAUAUAUACAGUAUAUAUAUAUAUAUAUUUUUCUUUGUUGAAAACAACAUUAUGCCACAAAUGCUGUUGACUGCACUUAACUAGUAUUGAAACCGGAACCUUCCUUUAAAAAUAUGUAGGUUAAAACAUCUUUACUCACAGCUUACUCAAAUACUCUCUUGAAUGCACCCACAUGUAGUGCAUCAGGUUUCAGGAAUGUGUAGUAACAAUUAGGAAUGUGCAAUAUCCAUGCAACAGAGAACACGCAUUGGCUGUAUAUCUUUAAAGGAAGCUCUUUUUUUGCCCAUAAUAUGGAUUUUAAAAUGCCAAAUUUUAUUUUCAAUGUACCUCUCUUUUUUCUUUGUAAAGAAAAAUAUAACAAACAAACAUUCCACAUUUGCACAUACUACAUACCAUAGUUAACCUCUGCUUUGCAUGCAGCUCACUGAAUGAAGAAUAUUGAGAGACGUAACAUUUUGACGAAAAGGUCAUCCGGAUACAUACUGUAGCUGUGCCUUCCAUCAUCCUGCAAGUGAAAGACUAAAGUAUCUACUCUGACUAAACUUAUAUAAUUCCACAUGUAUCUACUUGAAAGGUCUAUAAAGUGGGCAUUUUUUUCACAUGAUCCUUUAUGGAAGGGAUUUUUGUGCCUUUUCUGUUUUCCUUUUAAUAAAGGAAGUACUUUAAGUUCUUUAUGUUGGGUUGAAUGUGUCACCAUUGCCUUUUGUUCUCUGAAAUGUUCUGACAUUACAAAAUAUCACUGAUGUUCAGGCAUAAAUGAUAAAUUAGCAGUUUAGAUUAUUGUCCUGAAAUGUUGGGAUAUUUUGAAGGUAAGAUGUUAAAGUACGGGUCAUAUUUUCUAUCUGUAAUUUAUUUAAUGAGGGGACAUUUCCUUUUUAUGAAUGUACAGUCGACACAUUAAAUGUAAUGUUGUUAAAUAUAUGAUGAAUGUAUAAAAUGCUGUGCUAUUUUGUCAACCAGGACCAUGCAAAUUGUGUAUUGUUUUUAUUUAAAUGCAUUUUUUUUAUACAAAUCAUUGUAAUUUUUAUAUGAUAUGCAUUAAAUGGACAUUGUUUAAUUUA